CUUCUACAUGGUAUCAAGAGCCUAACCCUAACCCUCCUUCUCCUCUCUUGCCGUCACCCUCCAACCUUUUUUUUUUUUUUUCUUCUCUGCCAUAAACUUGCUGCCGCCACUACCCACAAAUCAUCCAUCCUUUUCUACUUUUUGUUGACCACCGAAAAUACCAAGAUUGAAUUUUGUCCAUUUGUCCAUUAUAAAAUACAAAUCAUCCAUCCAUCUUUAUUAUCUCAUCAUAGGUUGAAUUUUGUCCAUUACAAAAUACAAACAGUGGCCAUGUCUUCCCACACCAUACAUCCAGCCGUCACUGUCAACAACAUCAAGAACUCCAUCCCCUUGGUUCUUGAUCAACAAACAAAUCACUACAACACCUGGGCUGAACUCUUCAAAAACCAUUGCAAAGCGUAUGAAGUUUAUGAUCACCUUCAACCACGAAAAACCGACUCCUCCACCUCCUCCGAGAAACAAGCCGCACCCACACCACCGAAACCCACCUACUCCGAGUCAUGGGAACGUAUCGACGCCAUUGUUUUACAAUGGAUAUACGGUACCAUAACUCAGGACCUCUUACACACCAUCAUGAAAAACGACACCACCGCUUAUACCGCAUGGACUACCCUCCGAAACAUCUUCCUUGACAACCAAGAAUCCCGCACCAUCGACCUCCAAAACAAAUUCGCCAACACCCGCCUUGACCAAUUUCCCAACAUGUCAGCCUAUUGCCAAGCCAUGAAACUCAUGUUCGACCAACUAUCCAGUCUUGGCUCUACCCUCACCGAAAAGCAACUUGUCAUGCAAAUCCUGACCGGCCUAAACGAUCAAUACGAAAAUAUCACCCUCAUCCUACAACAAACCGUCCCCUUACCUGAUUUUUACAACACCCGUUCUCGUCUUUGCCAAGUUGAGGAUCGUAAAACGGCUCAAGCCAAGAUAUCGGCACAGAUUGCGGGUACCGCAUUAACCGCCACACCUGACACCUCCAACCGCGCCACCACCGAAAACCGUGAUCGAUCCCGCCAUGAAAACUAUGACCGCAACCGGGGACGCGGCCGUCGACGGGGGCGCCGUGGACGCGACUCCUUUGGCCGAGGACGGUUCCACAAAAGCGGCCCCCACUACCACUCCAGGAACUCAUCGUGGGCCAGCCCAACUAAUCCUUGGAAUCAAUGGGCUCCUGUGCCACCUUGUCCAUACCCCUCGGCCCAAUCUCAGCAACAUAGGGGACCAAGUCCAGCCCAAGGCAUUCUCGGCCCAAGGCCCAACUCCACUGGCAGCGGCCCGGGCAACCCGGCUCACUCGUACAACACCGGGUAUUCGCCUACGGAUAUCGCACAAGCCCUAUACAACUUGGCACUACAUAAAAACGACUCGUCUUGGACCAUGGACACGGGCGCCACGGGACCUCCAGACCAAGAAACCUAUCCUACGGUGCAAUAGCUCGGGGGAUCUCUACACUCUCAACCCGUCCAACAUUACCAACCUUACCACCGCUUCUACCUUUGCAGCUCUUUCCCAAGACAUAUGGCACCAACGGCUUGGCCACCCUGGACCAGCUAUUUUGCGAUCUUUGAAAACUUCAAAUUUUAUUAAAUAUGGUGUUUUAGACAAUAAAGUUUGUUCUUCUUGUAUUUUUGGCAAACAUACUCGCCUUCCUUUUGCUACUUCUAUUACUACUACCUUUAUGCCUUUUGAUAUUGUGCACAGUGAUGUUUGGACCUCUCCCGUUAUUAGUAAUGGGGGACAUCGAUACUAUGUGUUGUUUUUAGAUGAUUACACCAAUUUCCUAUGGACAUACCCCAUUGCCCAUAAAUCUGAUGUC